AUGUCUACAAUUGUUAGCCGCAUGGACGAGGACCAAAUCGAGGUCGACACCGGCAAGGUCUCCGUCGUCCCAGGAACUAUGAUUGAGCCCCAGUGCGCCACCUUUUGCUUACAGGAUGAGGACCACACCCUCGGAAACGCGCUCCGCUGGGCUCUUAUGAAGAACUCUGAGGUCGACUUUGCUUCAUACUCGAUUCCCCAUCCCUCAGAAGCCAGGACAAACGUCAGGAUUCAGACCUCCGACAACACAACAGCAGCAGAUGCCAUGUACAAGGGAUUAGACGACUUGGCCGAUCUCUGCGACCAUGUUAUCCAGGCCUUCCAGGUCGAGCUCGCCAAGGGCGAAUUUGAAUACGAGGAGGAGGAAAACGCCUUCUAG